GAGUCUGCAUCGUUGCACGUUAGGCUUUCCCAAACCUCCCGUCCCGUCACUGCGGAUUGCGGCCGCGCGACGAGGCGGAGGCUCGUUCGUCGGCCACCAUCGCCAUGUCCUCCUCCCUCGCGCUCUCGCUCCCAUCCCGGUGCGCGCUCCCCCUCCCAUCACCUCGCCUCGCCCCCAAGCACCCAUCUCUCCGCGCCAACCAGUGCCGCCUCCUCGUCCGCACGCCCCAGCGCCCGCUCCCCCCGACCCGCCGCCUCCUCCUCGCCCCUAGGGCUUCGUCGUCCGCCACAUCCCCCGCUGAGCCGGCGCGUGAGGGUGGCGCGGGUGGGAAGAAGGUGCCCGGGUUCCGGAACAGGUUCCUGGACCUGGCGCGGCUUGGGGCCGUGGCGGAGGGCGCGGCGGAGGCCUUCUUCCGCAGCGAAAUCCGGCGGCGGCUUGCCGUCACGGCCGUGCUCAUCGUGCUCAGCCGCGUCGGCUACUUCGUCCCGCUUCCCGGGUUCGACCGCCGCCUCAUCCCCGACUCCUAUCUCAGCUUCGCCCCGCUCCCUGCAGAUGACCUCGUUGAUUUUGCUUCUGAACUGAAGCUGUCAUUUUUCCAGCUGGGAAUCAGUCAUCAGAUAUCAGCAUCGAUUGUGAUGCAGGUUCUUUGCCAUGUUCUUCCAUCACUUGAAAAGAUACGCAAGGAAGGAUUAGACGGGCAUGAGAAGAUCAAAAGCUAUAUAUGGUGGCUAUCACUGGGUUUUGCAAUUGUGGCUGCUUGUACUGUGUCAUGCUAUUCACUGCAGUACUCCAUAUAUGCAGCAAGUCACAGGGUUAAGCAUGUCAUAUUAACAAGCUUUCUGCUUGUCCUCGGUGCAAUGUCAACUACUUGGAUCUGUGACACCAUAACGGAAUCUGGCUUUGGGCAUGGCUCAUCUUUGAUUAUCUGUGUUGGAAUAUUGACUGGUUACACAAAUACACUACACAAGAUGCUAACUCAAUUUUCAGGAAAUGUGUGCACAUCUUGGCCCUACAUCUUGGGAGUAGCUGGGAUCUUUAUGAUGGUUACCAUGGGGGCAGUGUUGGUGACUGAAGGAUGUAGGAAGAUAAAGCUUCAGUACUAUGGAUUCAAGUUGGCUUCUAGUGCAGGGAAAGAAAACUCCCCAGUUACAGAGGUUGAGCCAUAUAUCCCCUUCAAUAUAAACCCAACAGGGAUGCAGCCUUUGCUUACAACCUCAUACCUACUUGCUUUUCCAAGCAUUAUGGCCAGCAUUUUUCGUUCGCCAUUUUGGGAAAAUUUGAAGGAAAUUUUGAAUCCAAUGACUUCAGUUGGUGGUAGUCCUUGGAUUUAUUAUUUGACGUAUGCGUUUUUCGUCUUCGUCUUCAACAUUUUUGACAUUGCCAACUUGCCAAAAGAGAUAUCUGACUACCUAAAUAAGAUGAGUGCCAGGGUGCCAAAGAUCAAACCUGGAAGAGCAACAGUGGAUUAUCUUACAAAGAUACAAACAUCGACACGUUUCUGGGGAGGUCUACUACUGAGCUUGCUGGCAACUUCCUCGUUAUUACUUGACAGAUACCUUAGACAAAUAAAUGAGGGGUUUUCUAUAGGUUUCACAUCAGUCUUGAUUAUUGUGGGCUCAAUCAUUGAACUUAGAAGGUCCUAUCAAGCAUAUAAUGUGAUGCCAGCACUAAGCAAAGUUUUGAAGAGAUAUGGUGCUUAAGGUUAUGCAAGCACAUAUGGUGGUGAUGACGGUUCCACCCUGCAGCUUGAAGUACCUCACAAGCUGCUGUCGGUUUGGAUUGGGAUGAUAGAGAAUUGGUUCUGGAUCGGUCUUCAAGGCCAUACUUCGACUAAAGAACCAAUUAGGAUACAGGGAGGAUGAAGGAGCUGUGCCUGUUUUGGUUGUUCCGGUUUUAGUACAGGGAGGAUGAAGGAGCUGCGCGAUUGUGCCUUUGGGCACUGCAAUGGUUGAUGACUUGUCUUGUUGUGGACCAACGAAAAAGGUUGGGUACCCGGUUCAUCCUGUUCCUGUUGUAUAUAUUUCUAGCGGUUCAUAUCGCUGAACAGCUAACAUGAAGGUAGACUGUAGUCGCCUCUGAAAGGCCGGACACAGAUUGGUUGGGUAGUACUAGACUGCUUCCAACAUAGUAUGAAGAUAUCGAAUGUGACCUGCACUUCGGUGCGGAACAGUGUACUAACAAGGAUUAUUUUGCUGUGUUCUAUGUAUGACUGGAGUCUCUUUGUAGGCGUAAUAGGGUUAUGAAAGUUCGGUUGAUGUAAUAGUUUGCUAAUACCUGGCAAUCCGGAUUAUGUAUGACAUUAACACGUGUACUCUCCCUCAAGAAAAGCACGUGUACUCCUCAAUGAUUUGAGUGAUUCUGUUA